AUGGGAAGUCUCAUAAAACGAGCCGAGGCCACUGGGUACAAAGCAAUCGUAUUAACUGUCGACAUACCAGUUGUUGGCAAACGAUACAAGGGUUUCAGGUGCACAUUUUCUGUACCGCCUCAUCCUAAUUUGAAGCAAGCUUUGGAAUCUACGAAUUUGUCAAAAAUCUCCCCUGAUGUUGUUGACAGAAUUCACGACCCUUCGGCAACAUGGGAUACACUGAUUCCUUGGGUGCGGUCGAUGACGUCAUUACCAGUUGUAUUGAAAGGUAUACUUACCAUUGAAGAUGCUAAGUUGGCAGUAGAGUAUGGUGUUGAUGGUAUCAUUGUUUCAAAUCAUGGUGGUCGACAGUUAGACGGUGCUCUUGCGACGGUAAAAACACAUUUCUGUUCUCAUUUGAGAAAAUAUUCUGGCUGCAUGCUUGCCGUCCUUUAAGAUGUGCACUACAGUUACGUUCAGUAUUUAGAAUCACUGUCUGAUAGCAGAGAUCAAGAAACGUCGAGUUUCUGCUUAUUUUUGAAGGUAGUAAUAUAACCACUCAGCACAGCAUUUCUGAAUUAUGUUUACAUUACAUUACAUUACAUGAGGUCUAAUUACUGUAGCUACAUAUCACACCAAUAUUACAAGUUACAUAAAACCAACUAAAGUUUGGUGAACAAGAGCCAAGAGGCUACUCUAAAAUAUUAUAUUUAAAAUGAGUUCUACUGUUUAGUGUUAUUCGAAUUGGCUAGAAUUUUAGUGAACUAGCAAUAAAAAACCUGUUCUUAAAGUGAUCUGUUCGGAAGUUUGCGUUAAACUUAUGUUUGGCCCUAAGAUCGGUGACGCACGUGUUACAGGGUGGAAGAAAUUCAUCAGCCGACUUAGAACAGAGUAGCUAGCGGAAACAAUGUCUGAUACUGUACGAAAAAUAUUUCAACUGAUCAUACCAGACUUACAGCCACGCUUUGACAACAGAUCUUUCUCUCCUUAUAGAUAGAAGUCCUACCAGAAAUAGUGUCAGCCGUCGGUGAUGAUAUCGAAGUUUAUGUGGACGGUGGCGUAAGAUUUGGUUCGGAUAUUUUCAAAGCUUUAGCUUCGGGAGCAAGAGCAGUCUUUGUAGGAAGGCCUGUCUUAUGGGGUCUCGCCUAUCAGGUAUAAAGACCGGUAACUGACAACAAUUAUUUGUCGAGGUUAUUAUCAGGAAAUUGAUCUCACACCGAGUGAAAAAUAUCUAAGAUUUACUGCUAAUCUAUCAGAAACCUAAAAGGCCACUAACUGCGGGCACUAUAACUGUCAGUGAACUCUAUAAAUGCUGGAAAGAUAAGUACUAGAUAAAACACCCUAUAACUGGGAGAAGCCAACAUGGCGGCCAAUAGAGUGAUCUCUUGUAAGUUUAAAACAUGCGUGUAUUUCGCGUGGGGUUCGCGGGACGGCGGGAAGCUAAAAAAUACUAAGGUUCUCCGACCGAUGUUUUUCAAUUUUGGAAGUAAAAACUCAUUUUGGUUGGUACAUACCCUAUUUGCAUAGGCGUACAAGAAAGGGGAGCAAUUUUUCCCUCCCCCCGCCUAAAAAUAUAAAUUAGAGAACAAUGGAAAUUCUAGACUUAAUUGCUCCAAGUCUCUCUUUCAUUGUCAUAUCGAUCCACUAUAGUGUACAUUACAUGACGUAGCACGGACAGAUUCAGGCGAAUGAUAUGAAUAAUCAAGAACGUUAAUGGUAUUUAUCAGAAGAGGGUCCUGAAGGGGUAAAAUGGGAACUGGGAUUGAUCUUUUUUUAGACUGGGAAUUUGGGUUGCUGGGACUGGGAUUUGGCCACUGGGAAUGGGAAAUGAAGUUCUCAAAAAAUGGGAAAUGGAUUGAGGUAAUGCGAUUCGAUUCCCAAUUUUUCCACUUUUUAGUAUUUUAAGAGAUAAUUUUGAUCCGUUUUUUGGUGUCUUUGGUCUAUAUUAUGCAUGGACAGGGUGGGAGACCAAAUACAUUUUCACAUAGUAAACAUACUUUAUUCAAACUGCACGAAGUUUUCGGCUCCAUGCGCUGGACUAGAAAUCCUGGCUACGUCACUGGUAUAAUGACGUCUUGGGGCUUUGACUUUGCCUGUAAUUUUCCCCAGAUAAAUUUUAGAGUAGAGACAUACAACGCUGAAGUAUUUUUUUUUAUUUCUCAACUUGAAGGGAGAGGAGGGAGUUUUUAAAGUUCUAAAUAUAUUCAAGGAAGAACUCAAAAUUACAAUGGCGCUAAGUGGUAAGAUUAUUUUACUAAUAUUAUGAUUGAUUAGAAAUUUAUUACAGCAUACGUAUGUGCGUUCCUGUGUUAUUCGCAGUAUAUUAUAUGGCAAGGCGGCCCAUCUGCAAAAUGCAGCUAGUUGAUUGGCUCCUGAGUGGUCGGUAAUAUGCAGUACUGAUCUCAUAGUGUGCACCGCUAUAUAAGAUGGACACUCGCGAAGAGAAAACUUAAAUUAAAUAACUCUUUCCUUAGUACAAAAAACUUUACAGUAAGGGGCUGAUUACAUGGAGAGAUUUCAGCCUAGGUAAACGAGUUGAAAGUGCAUCACGAUUACAUUACACGCCCGGGCGUGCGAAGGUAAGAGCCUGGGUACGAGGUUGGAUGAAACUCAGCCCGGGCUGAAAACUCUCCAUGUAAUCAGCCCCUAAAUAUGUUACCAUGGUAGGUUUUUUCUAUAUAGAAGUACUUACCGUACUCUACUCUAGUUUGUGUUAAAACGUUGUUUUUGAUUCCACCUAUCUAUGACUAUGGAACAUUAUUUGUAUUUCAUAAACAAUAGUAUAUUUUGAUACUUUUAAGGUUGUGCAAGUUUAAAAGAUAUCGUCAAAGAAAUGGUCGUCCACGAAUCAUUGUAUCGAUCAAAGUUAUGA